UCCUCCAGGGGAUCUUGCCGACCCGAGAAUCGAACGCGUGUCUCUUCUGUCUCCUGCAUUGGCAAGCAGAUUCCUUAGAACUAGUGCCACCUGGAAAGACCCAUGACCAGGAGGAGGAGGAAAUAUGCCAGAGGAACUCAGAGCUGGGAGAAGGGACCUGACUGGCCACCUUAAGCUAGUUAGCCUCCCUGAACCUAUAAAACACUUCCUAACACUAACAGUGUCUCCUGGGUUGCCGGAGACAACCCAGAGAGAGGCUUAUCUGACACAAAGCCUCACUCACAGCAGAAACCCAGGAAAGUGAGCCCUUUUUACCCUUCCUGCCUCCUCUCCUGCUGUCCUCUCUUCCACACCUCUGCUCUCCCUCCCUCAUGAAAGGAAGGCAGGCAGAAGGAAUCUGAUGGAGAAGUGGCAGACUGUGGAGUCGCUAUAGGUUUAAAUUAUAGGAGAUUAGAAUAACCUUGAUUUGCCAGGUAGGCUGAAGUUUGCAAGUUUUCAAAUCAGCUGACCUCCUGUCUAGUGAUAACACAACUGUGGCACAGAGGAAAGCUCAAAACCAUGAUUCAGAGACCAUAGGGUCUCUCAAGAAAUUUUUCAGCGGUUCACUAGCUCUGGACGGGCCCCUGAGCAGAAAAUGCUAAACAGAUUGAGAACUUUUCGAUCAUGGCCACCCCCUUUUUCCUCUCCUCUGACUCAGGGACCCAGGGUCCUUGUGUUUAUCUGAUUUUUUUCCUUCAACCUCUCUGUUCCAGAAUUAUCCCUCUCCCCACCCCCCAGCUCCAAUUCAAAACUACUUUACACUGAGGUAACUCUGGGAUUUGAAGCCAUCAGAGGACCCAAGCAUGAGGGGUUCAGUCACCCUAAGAUACGUUAGCCUCACAGAAGAAGUGUUGAAAAUUGAACUGUACCUCAUUAACAAGGGGGCUUGUGCUCCUGGCCCCAGGGAGGUGGCCUCUGUUUGGAGCCAGACUAUCUGCCUGGAAUCAGCUGUGCCCUCAUACAGCUGUGCCCACCCCUCUGCCUCUUUAUCUUUGGUCACAUAUGUGAUAUGAACUCAGAGAAGCCGACUUUCUUCCUGGGAGAGAAGAAGGGGUGAAAAAAUGUAGGUUUACAUAGUGAAUAAUCAAAACUGGGAUAACUGCAGAGGGUCUCUGUCACAAAAACAUGCUGUGAUAUCAUUUCUUUAUAUAAAAGUAAAUUUCUACCUUGGAGAGCCAAGGCUCUGACAGGUAUAGUUAUGAAUGUAGUGUGCAUGAGUUUAAAACCCCACUGCUUUGAGAUUGGUCAAGGCUGUUAUCUCCUGUGAUCUCUGAGCAUUUUGCAAAUUUGAAUAAUCAGUCAUCUUGAGUUUCCUCUUUUGCCUAGGAGGGUACGAAGGCUCAUAUGGGACAUGGAUUUUUUUUUCCAGGUCAACUGAGCAGCAGAGCUGAGUUGCGGGCCCCUAGCCCCUAGGGAAGUUUAGCUUUUCUACCUGAGAACUGGGGGAACUCCUAAGACCUCCUCUAUCCACGGCUGCCAGCUUCUCCAUCUUCUAGCAUUUCUCUUGACUAGUUGUUGCUCCUGUGAUGUUAGAGAAAAUGUUAGCAGGAGAAUCAAAGGGAGGAGAUGGAACAUUAGGGGAACAUUAGCAACUAUUGAAAAGACAUUUUGACCUAUUUCUGUAGUUAUCAAUUUAAUAGUAUUUGUUGCCAGGAAAUGCACUGAUGGCAGGUGGGAGGUUGGAUUGCACUAGCAGCCAGCCUGCUCUCAGGGGCCCUCCAGUUUCAGGAGGUGGUAAUUCUAGUUAAUAAAAGGGUGAACUUCAAACACAUUUUAACCAAAUCAAAUUGUAGCAGGAAAUAUCAUAUUACUGAUAUUCAGGCCGACUCACAGCUGGUAAUAUUAGUCAGUAUAUAGGCCCCAAAUUCUGACUUUUCAGCAUUUUCAGAUAUGUUUUUGGCAGUGAGAGAGUCCCCCAGGCACAUUGUUAUGUAGGAAUAGGAGAUUUUUAACUAACAUAGAAGCUAGCCUAAAUGAAAAAUUCUUUAUUCUUGUUAGACUUUUUAUAAGAUUGUCAAAUAUUCAAAUAAUAUGUAACCAAGCCAAACUUCAGGUGGUUGAUAGGAAAUCUCCUAGAGCCAGGAGUUUUAAUUUUUUUUUGUUUUGUUUUGGUUUUUUUCUAUGACAUGUUGGCAAAUGAUAAAAGCAAUUCACUCUGCUAACCAGAGAUGCUGGGCAGAGUUCCCCCAACACUGAUUUCAUGCCAUGAAAAGCACAAGGCACGGAAAAGAGUUCAGGCUUUGUGUCCUACCACUCAGAUUUGAAUCCCAGCUUAGCCUCUGCUAGCUGUGUGACCAGAGGAUGCUCACCUAACUUCUCUGAACCUUAGGCUUCUCACUAAGAAAAUGGGCAAAAUAUCAACCUCUCAUAGUUAGCAUGAGGAUCAAAUGAGAUGACAUAUGCAGAGAAAUCCACAUAUGAAGGAAAACCAAUGAGCAUAUACCAAGUGUUCAAAGAUGAUCAUUAUAAUCAUCUACCCUUUUUGCCUCUGUGGUUUGCAGGUUUUUUUUCCAGUAAAAUGCAUGGCUUUUAAUAUGAUAAUAAAAUUCAGCACUGCUAUAGAUACCCUGCAGACUGAUCUGGUCAGUCCUUUCUGAGUGAAUAGCUGUUGGCCACUUCAUCUUAGCCCCAGUUAACCUAGACUUCUCUUUAUCCCUUCUCUGGGUUCAUACAGUCAGACCACAAGACACAUCUUAAGCAAAUCAACUAGACCCCUUGAUAACACAGACUCAAGGUAAAUGAAUAGAAUCAAGACAGUAGAUCACAUGGCAGCUAGAACUUUCCAUGGCCCUUCUUCACCUGUUCUACUCCAGCUCAUCUUAAAUUAGGAGAGAUGUCAGGCAUCUUUCUGUGGGACUGCCUCCUGCCCAGAUUUUUUUUUCUAAACUUUCUCCAUGUGCCUGAGUCUGAGAUUUUCACAGAGAUUAAUUCUGAUUUGGUUCGCCUACACUUUUGAAGCUCUAAAAGCUUUCCAUUGUGGGCAGAUUGUCUCAAAUACUGUAUUUGAGGAUGGAAAAAGAAAACUCUGCCCAAAUGUAAGCACCAUUGAAUCAAAGAAACAGUAUUUUUUUUUCUCAAUUGCAUUCUUUGAAGAUCCAGACAACCUUGAAUUCUUUACAAAAGGCACAUCAGUAAAGCCACCCUCACUGUUAAAAAGACACAGAGAAAGAGAGAGAGACCAACUACAGAAAGCCACUAUUGGUGAUGUAAAAGGCUAGAGUGUCCAACAGAAAAAAAAAAUUGAAAAAGAAGGUGAUUCUAUAGAUAGAACCCAGACCUAGAAGUCAGGACACUCAAAUUCUGUUUCCUGCUGAAUGGUAACCUGCCUUCUUGUGUGGAUCCCUACAUAGCUGCCACCCCCCAACUCCAUUGUCAUUGUUUCUGGGGAUCAUGGAUUCUGACUCAUCCACCUAAGGCCAGGCGAGGGUUUUCAUUUGCUGCUGUUCUGAAAAACAUUGUGAUUUCUGUACCAAUGGCAUUCUGCAUGGGCAGAGUGUUUUCCUCACUUGCAAGGAAGAGCCCUGAAUUAUACCUCCCAUUACUCUGAAGUGGAUAUAAGACAGAAUUUCUGAUAAUUCUAUGGGGAAAAAAAUAUGAUGCCAUUGUAAUGCCAAAUUUGAACAGUGAAUUAAUAAUCACCUGAAUAUCUAGGGCUAAGGCAGAACCACUGAUCUGGCCUAACAUCCGUAUUGAUUCCUCUUUCAGCCAUGCAAGUUCUUGGUCAACAUUGAUUGCAGGACAACUCAGUGUGAGAGGUGCUUUGAUCCAGGAUACAUAUCCCUCCCUUCAUAGAUAGCUAAACCCCUCUGUGUACUGAUGGCUGGUGCCUUAAAGUUUGGUUCCACAGUCCCUUCCUUUUUGCGCUUUGAGCAACAUUAGUAAAUCUAUGAGAGGGCUCUGUUCCAUAGCCAAGAGGUCUUGCUUCUUCUAAACUGUUAAAGCACUUAUUUAUGUGUCUUAUUUGGCACUGAUUACAUACUAUCCUAUACCAGAGUAUUGUUUCUGUGUGUCUCAUUCCUCCUAUCACUGCACAGUAAGCUCAUAAAUACAGAGAUUGUAUUUAUACAUAAUUUGUAUCUCCUUCAACACCUAGAAUGUACCAUCAGAAAUAAAAGGUACAUAGUGCAUAAUAUAAUUUUAAUGAAUGAAAUUAACAGUAGCAUAUAAGUAUUUGGCAACAAACUAGCAUUUCUAAACUCCAUAAAUGCCAACCCAGAAGGCAGCUUACAGAGUUUAUCAUUCAAUUAUAUCUGUUAAGCUCUAGGAUUUUUCCCCAACUCAGUAUUUAUAGGUUUCAUUCUUCCCUCCUCUUCACUGACAACAUUUUCACAUAGUAGGUUUUUAAUAAAUGAUUCUUGAUUUAUCAAUUAAAACCAUAGAAUAAAGCAAUAAUUUCCAAUUUCUUUAUGUUGAAAUACUUAUUUUGAUCCCCAUGUACACCUUUAUUCCAGACCUUGUCAACACUUGCAACACGGGUAUCUUGAGAUUUCGUUCCACACAGUACCUGGCUAAGGCUUAAAAAAUGGUCAUGAGUUUUAAUUUGGCUUCUUUAUCAGGCUUCUUACAGGGCAGAAGAAAAAUUUUUUUUUUUUUCUGUCUCCUCCUCUUCCUCAUAGGAGUGUUAUAUAGUUGAAUGAGACCUAGUCUCUAUAAAAGCACUUUAAUUUCUGGAACAAAUUUGAUAUCAGAUUCAUAACAUCAGAUUGAGGAAGCUUUGGCACCCCGGCACACCAAAUAAUUGUGAACAUCAUAUGUGUUGAUCUUCUGCGUGGACCUGAGGGGUGAAGGGUUUAUUACUCCAAGCUUUUACAUUAGGUGCACAUGACCUAGGUGCAUUCACUGUGUCCUCUGCCCAAAUGAGACAGCCGAUUGCUUAGAGCCUGUCCGGCCACACAAAAGCGUCACCAUUACCCUCCAACCUGAUUUGAUCCUACACCUCAGCCACACAAAAUGGUCUGAAACCAGUCAUUUCCAUGCUAGGUCACAGAUUUCCAAAUUAGAUACAUUAUUCCAGUUUUGCCUCCCUUCUUUCUCAGAGAGUCUGUCUCGCAGAAAGCCAGGGGAGUCGUCCCAGGCUAGACAUUCUGUUGAGUCAUGUUUACUGUCCCCCCUCAGAAAGGUUCCAAAAGCAAAUGCAAGAGGUUGCGGAACGCAGGGACAUGUGGCGUGCAUGCUACUGAAGUGAGAGGCAUAGCAUACACCUGCUUUUUGGCUGUGGCAGGCCAUCUUGACUGUGCCAUGCCACAAGUUAGCAUUUUGGAUGAGCAAUUGCCAUUCUGUUGUUUUCUUCUCAACACAUGGUGUUCAAAAACAGUUAAAAGAAAACUGUACCCAUUUGCUCAUCCCAGAAAUCUAAAAUUUCAAAGAAGCAUGCCAAAUUAAUUUUCACAUAAUAUUUUCCAAGCUUUUUCUUUGCACUGAGAACUGAUAUUUCACUUUUUGAACUCACAGUGUCCCGGCCUGAGGUAAAUGGGUGCAGUUUCUCUUUAAAUGGCAUUAAACAUAUCAAAGCAGGAUUAUAUCUGUCACUGUCUUUUUUUUUUUUUUUUUUCUAAUGGAAUCAAAAUCCUUCAGGGAGUGUCCCAAAUCCACAUUAAUGUCUUUGAGUGCUAAUGUUUCCACUGGGACUUUUACAUUAGCAAAAUACAAGUGUGUGAAUCCCCCCCACCAACUGCUGUCUGUCUAAGAGAGAGCCGACUGCACCUCCUGUUAUUCUCCAUGGCCUUCACCUCACCCCUGUCAAGGUGGUAGACGAGGAUGCUUUCUUUUCCACCCUUCCCCUCCCCUGUGUGUAACCACACCCCAGAAAAGCUAAUGUGAAUGCAGGUUCCAGCAUGGGAGAAUCUUUGGAAUCCCAGCUGUGAAUUUUAUUCAAAAAAGACUAACAGCAGUAGCCAUCAUUACCAUCUAUUGAGGGCCUAUCACACCUUAAAUUUCACCUUUGCUUCUGACAGUGGAAGAAGCAGACAAACCCCUAUGACUUCAGGACCAAGCCAUCAACAUUUUUGCUAUUGAUUUGGGGAUAUUGGUCAUGUGCCCUUAUUAUGGCAAUACAAUCCCUGUCCACCUCAGUGCCACCUUUUUUGUUUCUUUCAUAAAGUAAUUAAAAUGACAUGCUGUCAAUCAUGAUUAUCAACUGGCAAUGAGAGAUUGCGGUCGAUAAAUAAUAAUUUAAAUAAGUAAUCAUGACAUAGUAAAUAAUAAAAAGGUUCUCACGUCACAUUUCUUCUUAGUUGCACCUCUUCCUUGCAUUCGGAUAUACCCUGGGAAGUUACAGUAUUUCGAGUAUAAAUUUGUUUACAAUGUGGGGUGGGAGGGCUGGAAAGCCCCUGCGCAGCGUCUUCCUUCUUUCAGCGCCAUCCUGGCCACAGAAAGCUUGAGUUCUGCAGCUGAUGCUCUGCGAGAGCCAUCCCUGGAGAGCUAGGAGCUGAGAGCUUCUAAGCGGGCUCUUCACAUACUUUCACUUUCUGGAGCACUCUGGAGCUCGGCACUACUUCCUUAGAAACUCUUCCUAUGCCCCCCUCUCUUCCUUCCCCACUUUUCUUGCCCCCUCUUUCUUUUUCUAGCCCUCAAGCUUGAACUAGAGUGUGUGUGUGUGUGUGUGUGUGUGAAUGGUGGAGCACAGCGGGGAGGAGAAUUUCCUGAUGCCCCAGCCUACCACUAGGAAAGAAACUCGGUGUUUUUAUUUAAACAACCUCUCCCCACAGCUAAGCCUUCAUAUGUGGAAGAAAAACUCAAACCUUUUUCCCUUCCCACACUUUACGAAGACAAGAUGCAGCCACUCUGUGUUCCCUGCCCCAAUGAACAGCUGCACUAGGCCCAAGCCUUGGAGUGAUUUACCUGAAGAGUGACACCAUUUAUUUGAAAACUACUAUGAGGAAACUGAAGCCCAGAGAGGUGAAGUGAGGUGCCCAAGUGCCACACAGCAAGUUAGAGGCACAGCUAGUACCAUAGCUCAAGUCUCCUGACUCCCAGCCCAGUGCUCCUCCCAUUACUCCACGGGUCCUGUCUCUAAGCUUCCUGACAAAUGCUAGAACGGAAGAAACCCAAGACAGCUGAAAACCAGAAGGCAUCUGAGGAGAAUGAGAUUACUCAGCCGGGUGGAUCCAGCGCCAAGCCGGGCCUUCCCUGCCUGAACUUUGAAGCUGUUUUGUCUCCAGGCUCAGCCCUCAUCCACUCAACACAUUCACUGACAAACUCGCACGCUCAUACCGGGUCAUCUGACUGUGACAUCAGUUGCAAGGGGAUGACCGAGCGCAUUCACAGCAUCAACCUUCACAACUUCAGCAAUUCCGUGCUCGAGACCCUCAACGAGCAGCGCAACCGUGGCCACUUCUGUGACGUGACGGUGCGCAUCCACGGGAGCAUGCUGCGCGCACACCGCUGCGUGCUGGCCGCCGGCAGCCCCUUCUUCCAGGACAAGCUGCUGCUGGGCUACAGCGACAUCGAGAUCCCAUCGGUGGUGUCGGUGCAGUCGGUGCAAAAGCUCAUUGACUUCAUGUACAGCGGCGUGCUGCGCGUCUCUCAGUCGGAAGCCCUGCAGAUCCUCACGGCCGCCAGCAUCCUGCAGAUCAAAACGGUCAUCGAUGAGUGCACGCGCAUCGUGUCGCAGAACGUGGGUGAUGUGUUCCCGGGGAUCCAGGACUCAGGCCAGGACACACCACGGGGCACUCCCGAAUCGGGCACCUCGGGCCAGAGCAGCGACACCGAGUCAGGCUACCUGCAGAGCCACCCGCAGCACAGCGUGGACAGGAUCUACUCGGCGCUGUACGCCUGCUCCAUGCAGAACGGCAGCGGCGAGCGCUCCUUCUACAGCGGCGCAGUAGUCAGCCACCACGAGACGGCACUUGGCCUGCCCCGCGACCACCACAUAGAAGACCCCAGCUGGAUCACGCGCAUCCACGAGCGCUCGCAGCAGAUGGAGCGCUACCUGUCCACCACUCCCGAGACCACGCACUGCCGCAAGCAGCCCCGGCCCGUGCGCAUACAGACCCUGGUGGGCAACAUCCAUAUCAAGCAGGAGAUGGAGGACGACUACGACUACUACGGGCAGCAAAGGGUGCAGAUCCUGGAGCGCAAUGAGUCCGAGGAGUGCACGGAAGACACCGACCAGGCCGAGGGCACCGAGAGUGAGCCCAAGGGCGAAAGCUUCGACUCGGGCGUCAGCUCCUCCAUAGGCACCGAGCCCGACUCCGUGGAGCAGCAGUUUGGGCCCGGGGCGGCGCGGGACAGCCAGGCCGAACCCGCCCAACCUGAGCAGGCCGCGGAAGCCCCGGCCGAGGGCGCCCCGCAGCCGCACCAGCUAGAGACCGGUGCCUCCUCCCCCGAAAGAAGCAACGAGGUGGAGAUGGACAACACGGUGAUCACUGUCAGCAACAGCUCCGACAAAAGUGUCCUGCAGCAGCCUUCGGUCAACACGUCCAUCGGGCAGCCAUUGCCAAGUACCCAGCUCUACUUACGCCAGACCGAAACCCUCACCAGCAACUUGAGGAUGCCUCUGACCUUAACCAGCAACACGCAGGUCAUUGGCACAGCCGGUAACACCUACCUGCCGGCCCUCUUCACUACCCAGCCGGCGGGCAGCGGCCCCAAGCCUUUCCUCUUCAGCCUGCCGCAGCCCCUGGCAGGCCAGCAGACCCAGUUUGUGACAGUGUCCCAGCCCGGCUUGUCGACCUUUACUGCACAGCUGCCAGCGCCACAGCCCCUGGCCCCAUCCGCAGGCCACAGCACAGCCAGUGGGCAGGGCGAAAAAAAGCCUUAUGAGUGCACUCUCUGCAACAAGACUUUCACCGCCAAACAGAACUACGUCAAGCACAUGUUCGUACACACAGGUGAGAAGCCCCACCAAUGCAGCAUCUGCUGGCGCUCCUUCUCCUUAAAGGAUUACCUUAUCAAGCACAUGGUGACACACACAGGAGUGAGGGCGUACCAGUGUAGCAUCUGCAACAAGCGCUUCACCCAGAAGAGCUCCCUCAAUGUGCACAUGCGCCUCCACCGGGGCGAGAAGUCCUAUGAGUGCUACAUCUGCAAAAAGAAGUUCUCCCACAAGACCCUCCUGGAGCGACACGUGGCCCUGCACAGUGCCAGCAAUGGGACCCCUCCUGCGGGCACACCCCCAGGGUCCCGCGCUGGCCCCCCAGGGGUGGUGGCCUGCACGGAGGGGACCACCUAUGUCUGCUCCGUCUGCCCAGCAAAGUUUGACCAAAUCGAGCAGUUCAACGACCACAUGAGGAUGCACGUGUCUGAUGGAUAAGUAGUAUCUUUCUCUCCUUCUUAUGAACAAAACAAAACAAAAAAGAAACAAAAAAGCUAUGGCACUAGAAUUUAAGAAAUGUUUUGGUUUCGUUUUUACUUUCUGUUUUCGUUUUUGUUUCAUUUCAUUUUGUACUACAUGAAGAACUGUUUUUUGCCUGCUGGUACAUUACAUUUCCGGAGGCUCAGGGGGAGUAAUAGUUCUCCCAGUCUCCCUUGGAUGGUGGCCUUAAGGCCUGGUAGUGCUUUGGAGGUCCACUGGUUGGAUCUCUAGCUACUGGCCUCUAAAUACAACCCUUCUUUACAAAAAAUCUUUAGAAAAAAAAAAAGUUAAAAAAAAAUUUUUUUUUCACUUGUGAAGAGCACUACAAAAAUAUAUAACAAAAUCUAAAAGGCCUACUGUCUUUAAGUACACCGCUUGCAGUGUUUCAGUGGACAUUUUCACAAUUCUGGCCACUUGGACUUCACAGUAACCAUUUUAAACUGUGGAAUAUAUCACUUUCUGGUUGAAAACCCAGAGUGAAGGCCCUGCUCUUUUCCACCUACCAGGUUGUCUGAUUUCCAUAAAAAGGGCUGUGGGGGUGGGAGGGGGUGUAGGUUUGAUGGUGUGGGGAAGACAAAUGGCCGGCUUCUCCCCAAGAUUCUGCUGAGUCCACACACCUUGGCCCACCUCCUCCACACCCCCUUUUCAGCAGAAGCCAGGAAGACUUGGACAAGCAUCAAGCAACAGUGGCUAUCGUAUUUAUUCAGUGUCUUCGCUGAGCUCCAGCCUCAGCACAAUCAAGAGGGACUUUCAUGAAAGGCAGGAAUGCAGAUAAAACAAAGAUAUCAGAGGUUUGCACCUACGUUUCUAGGUACAAGAGAAGGAUUAUUUCCAACAAUCUUUGCAAAAAAAAAAAAGUGUCAGGAUAUAUUCUUGUGGAAGAGAAAAAGAAAGAGAAAUGGAGGGUGGGGGGAAUAAUAAAAAGUUCUUGAGGCUUUUUUAAUUCAAAAUUUUAUAGAGGGGCAAAAGUGACAUUUACCAGAUAGAAUGCUGAUUUUUUUAAUAUAUUUACAACAGUAUUUGUGUAAAAAAAAUACAAAAAAAGUGAUAUUGUUAAAAGUAAUUUUUUUUCAUUUUGGUUUUGCAUACACUGCCACCAAUCCCUUCUCUUUUAUUUCACACACAUAUAUAUAUUUUUUGGUAAGUCAAGACUGUUAAGGUUAGCGAUACUGCUUCCAGAUAGAAAGAAUAAAAGGCAAUUAAAGUUAUAUUUGAAAGAGAGGAAGGAUAUUUUCUUCAUAUUUUUUUAAAUUUUUCUUAAUUUUUAUUAUUUUAAGUAUUGCCUGAGUUGAUGAGGGCCUCUGGCCAGCCCAUCCCUGCUGUAAUUUGAACUGCUGCUUUGUAUUUUGAUAUGUAGUUUUUCAACUUUUAGCAAGCUUAUGUUGCUCCACUGAAUUAUUUUUUUCACCAAUUCAUCUAGAAUUCUGUUCUUUUUCACGGGAGGGACUUUAUCUUUCAGAAACAGAUUUCUUGCUUCUCUGAAAGUUUCAUUGAGAUCUUGUGAUUCUAGAAUUUCUAUUGACUUUACGUUUUUUCUUUGAUGAAACACUAGUACUCUAGAGGUCUUGACAAAUGGGUCCUUUCCUUUUGUGGUCAGCCAGGAGGAGGAGUUCACGAAACUCUGCUGUCCCUCCUCACCCUUCACAACUAUAGAGAGCAGCAUUAUCAGAAGCCUGUUGCAGAUCAGGAUGCCUCAAUGCCACAAUCACUUUCUUCCUUUCAAAGAUCAGCUCUGUUCCCACCCUGGUUGAGAGGGCUAAAUAAGAUGAUUAUUCUUUAGAUGCCUUAUCAAUCCUUGCUUGUUGGUAAGGUUUUAAAGAAACUAACAAAAAUCUCCCAGAUGGGCAACAUCCAUCAUCCGGAAGACCAAUUCAUCGCAUCAUCUUAGAUGCCACUCUCUCUUCCUAGUUGAGAUUUCUCUCCUCGGUCCUGAUCAAGGUAUCAGAAUAGAGAUUUUCCCAUUAUAGACAGUGUUCUAAAGGGAUUCCAACUCAAACAUAGGAAUUCUUAAACCUUAUAAAAACUCCAAAGGUGAUUUCACUGCUGGGCAUAUUUUAAUAUAUAUAAGGGGGAAAGUAAAUCUUUAAACAAAGCAGAAACACUAAACUGUAGUUUAAAAAAAAAAAAAGAAGGAAAAGUAUAUCUCAGUUUCAAAAUUACUUUGCAUUUUCAUUUAAUUUUCCUAUCAGCAACUUAUUUAUUUAAAAAAAAAAAAAACCUGUGCAACAAAUGGGGAGAAAUCUUUCAAGGGAAGCAACUGUAUAAUAGCUUAAUUGGUUUUACUCAUCAUUUUAGAAUUGGUUAACUAGUAUCUUUUCUAUAAGUUUUUGCUGAUAAUUAGUAAGGUUAGUGCAACUGGCGUAUAUGUGAGUUUGAUUUGGUCCUGUGGUCCUUAAUUCAGUAAAUAUUUUGCUAGAAAUUUUAAUGUAGCCAUGGAUGAUUAACUGACCUUUAAGUAUUACCCAUUGUGAUUUCUAAGAGGAGUCCUACCACAAACUAUGUAUCCAAAACUGACCUGUUUUAAAAGCUGGUGGAAAAUAGCUUCAGAAAUAAGAAAAAGUCCAUUUUCUUUUGCUAAUUGUGCUUUUUGAAGUAGCUAUCUUAGACUCCAGUAUUUCCACCUACUACCAACAGAGGGAGCAUUAGUUAAUUAACCAUGUCAUAGAAUUUUGAUAUUUUGAAAAACAAGUCAUUCAACCCAUGAUGUAACACAGAAAAAAAAAAAAAUUGACAUUAAAAAAGAUCUUUGUAAUCUAAAGGAAAAUGACAUGAAAUCACUCAGCAUAUGUUACAAAUGGAAGAAAGUCAAGAGCCACUUUAAAAUAUUUUGAAUUAUUUGACAGUUGCUGGUUUAAAAUGGUGUCCUUACUCAAAUCUUAGCAAAGUAGACAACGUUAUAGGACCCCCAGAAACUUGAUCCUGGAUGCCAGUAUGGACCACAUUCAGCUAUCUGCUUCUCAAAUCUGAGAGAGACCCAUUUGCCUUAAUGCUGGUUUGUCACAUUAAAAAAACUGAGCAAUUGGGUUAAAAUUUACCUUUUGUUCUAGAACAUGUAAGAGAAAAAAAUUCCAGUUGAGUUUAAACCCUAAUAUUCAUCCUUCCCCUUCAAAUGAAGUAUUUCUCUGUUUUUUAAAUGUUGAAGGACCCCUGAAGAAUUCCUAAUGAGGUAAUCAUUUUAAUGAUAUGUGCUAUCCAGGUUUAUAUAACAGUAGGCUUUUUCUUACUGUGUGUAUAUUCCUCCCAGACAUCUCAUAGUCCAAAAUAGUUGACAGAUUGUCCUCUGGAGAAAGGAAGACGCUAGACUGAAGUUGGAGAUGUAAGUUUGGGGAGCAGUGAACUUGCUGUGGGGUUGUUACUCCAUACUCUGGUCUCUGAAAGAGCUGCUUUCCGAACUGACGUACAUUUGGGGAAAUAAACCAGUCUGUACCUGUUUCAAAAGGAUAAAGGAACUUUUAGUUUAUCAAUCCUUCCUUUUAAAUUAAAUAAUCAUCAACAUCUUAGGAAAGGGGAAAACUUUUGCUUUGAGAAUAGAAGAUGAGCAUGGAUUCUUUUUUAUUUUCUAGUUUCAAAUCCAACAAUCUUCUUACAUCUUGAACAUCAUGCUAGGAUGUUAUGAGUGCUUUUAAAAAAGAAAAUUUUCAGUAGCCAGGGAAAAAAAAAUAGAUGUAAUGGGAUCAAAUGUUCCAGAUAUAAGACCUCUUAGGAUAAGUACAGGGAACAAGAACUGGUAUGGAAAAGUACCUUUUUUUUUUAAGCAAUUUAGGAUUUAAAACUGGAUUAGCUGGACAAGGGAAAGGAGAAAAGUCAAAGGGGAAUGUUUAUCUCAAGACAUUUAGAUGUAGUUUAUGAAAAAUAAAACGUCCUAGCCCUAAAACAUCAGUAGCAUCUUAACAGAGCUGGCAAUUUUGUCCCUAUUAAUAUAAUAAAUGCUAAUAAUUGUACCUACCCCCCUAACUCCCAGGAAGUAAAAUAGAACCCAAAAAAGGGAAGAAAUUGGGACACAGGGAUCUGAUACAAAUCUACACAGGGGAAAAGGUUGAGAAACAAGCCAGGCCAAAAAGGAAUCUGAAAUGAAAGUCUCUAUAUCAAAAUAUUUCUUACUAUAUAGUUUGAAUUGUAAGCUUUAGCUUUUAAUACAAUUUUAUAGACGUUUUCUUCCCCAAAUCCCUAAUGCUCUAAAUCUGUUUGUGCCGUGAGUAGGUGUCAUGGAUAAUUUCCCGCUGUUGUUCAGGCUGAAGGCCAUUUCUUCCUAGGCGUCUUGGAGGUCACAGUAGCUCCUGGCCUUAGAAAGACUUGAAUUUUCUUUGUUUAAAAGUCACAAGGUUUUGUUUUGUAUCAGCCCAACAUUCUAUAAGGACCAAGAAAACGUCUAACCCAUGAACAGUUAGAAUGCGUGCAUUGUGAUAUGAAAAGAGAAAAAGUUUCUUCUGGGUGUGUUAGUUUCACACUGGUCCUAAAGACCUCCUAUACCCCCAUCAUCCAAGUACACCAACAGUAUGUGCAAAGGAGAAGUAGGCACCACCUGAGAUGCCCUUGGAAUUUAGGAGAAGAGAGGGGGUGCCCUGUCUGUUGUGACCUGACUUAAAAGACAUUGUAUGAAAGAAUUAUUUAAUGUAGUCAUGAGUUGAAGUCCAGGGACCUGGGAGCCAUGGGGAAGAGAACAGAAGGUUUGCAAAAUGUAUUCAGCACCCAAUAAUGCAAAGCCAGAAAGCAUCCAAUCACAAAACGAGGAAGUUUGGCAAGAUGUAUUUAGAGAAAGCUCUGGGCUUUUCCACGGGUAGGGUCAACAGACUUUCUUUUGAGUGAUUUCUGGCUCUGAGAAACCUCUCUACUUACUAUAAAAGAACUUUAUUUAAAUGGCCAAUUUUGUCCCCCAGAGAAAGAUUUUAUAAAGAGAAAAACAGGACACUAAAGACACAACCAUGUGACUUGGUGUCAAACAAAAGGAAGGGGCCACUAGAAUUUCAAUAGACUCCCUGAUUCCACAGAAGAGCCAGGCAGCCCAGUGCCCCUCGGUGCCUAGUGUGUGAAGAGGGUGCUUGAGCCGCACCAGGCUCCCCGAGGCCAAAUGCAACCUUGCAGUCGGGCGGCCGCAGCUGCUUCCCCUUCUGUGUUCUCGCAGAGAAAGGGGCUCUUCUCCUAGGUGCCCAGGAAAUAGAUGGCACGGGGCAAACUUUCAAAACAAUCUCUGCCUUGGUGCUCAGGCUGCAAAUGGAGACAAAAAAGGGGCACAGAGGAGCUCUUGCUCUGGAGAGAACAUUCCCAACAGCUGUUUGUGCAGAGUUGCCAUUUGUGAUGCUGCAUCAACCUCCCCAAGAAGGAAAGCCGUGUGACUUAGUGUCCCUGUAAACACAGAGCUUGGAAACCAAUAACCCAAAGCAUCAUUUCUAGUACUAGAUACUCAAGUGAUUAACCUGACCAAAACACCCCAAAGAUCUUCCUCAGUCUCUGCGUAUCUACAGAACACUGACUCUGUAGCAGUCAGUGGUGCACGUAAAUAGAUCCCAGGAAAUGGUGUGAACACUAGGGUCUGUUUGGAUUCUUUUUAGGGUGAAGAGGUAGAAGAUGAGGGCUGCACAGCAUGGGUCCCUUUUCAACUAUGUAUUUCACUGAAUGAGGGGUAGAAAUGCCCUGUGUUGAAACAAGAAACAUCAUUUUUCCACACUGCUGACCAAAAAUGCCUGGAUUCCAGUGGUUCUUCAGGUCCAGCCUAUUGCUCCAAAAACUGAAUAAUUUCAGACUAAAUCUAAUCUGAAGUGACCUCAGUUAAGGUAUUUUCACAGGAAGCCACUUAUAGUAAAGAAUUACUGCCUUAAAUCAGAAAGCCCAGGGAAGAGAACAGAAAUAGAGAGAUUGGAAGGGUGUGAAGACGUGGCCCUUUCUUGCCUUUUAAUGGUUGCAUUAUUGCAAAACUGAGCCCUAUUCAUGACUGAAGACUAUGGAAACAGUGACUUUACAGGGAGGCACCAAACUUGUACAGAACUGGCUGCUUUCAGGAAUGGCUGCUAUUUCUUAUCGUAUUUCAGUGACAUACGUCUGGGCUGGAUGCAAAAUAGACAUCCUAUUAGCUAAAUAGUGAGUCCCAUGAAACAUGAUCACAGGUGCCUAAGAUGCUAGUUGAAUCAUUUCCUUAGCAGGGAGAACAAUCUCAACAAAAAGCUUUCUCUUCCUGUACAGUAUAUAUCGCUAAACUUUUUUUUUUCUCAGUUUCAGUGAGCAUCUGGUUUAUCUGGUGGCUUUUUGUUUAAAUGCAAACUCACAACUUUCAAAUCUUCAAUGAAGGAGCACAAUCUGCAGAUUGUAGGGAAAAUCUAGCCACAGUUAUUGGAGUCCUGGCUUUUGAGAUACCUAAUUAGAGUGUAAAAAGUCCCUAACUAGCCCUCUUUCAAAUUCAGUGGUUUCCUUGAUUCAAAAUGCUUCAAUGAGAUUCUAAUACACCCAAGACAGAAAAAAAAAAAAAAAUUAACCCCCUAGGAGACAUCUGUUUCUACUACUGUUGCAACAGAAGUUUGUUAUUGCCCGGCAAAACCAUUGCAAUUUAUAUGUAGAUUCUAGUAAUGAAAGGGACUUAACCCAUCUAGUAUGUCACAGCUGCUGUCCAAAAUGUCUGUAAAUGAGUAUACAUUAUGCAUGUACACACGCAGUGUGAGGUGCUCUCAGUACAAAACUGUUCCACAUUCAUAUUCCCCAGUGACAACAAGAUAGAGUCUGGAAUUUCUAGUUAGAGGUCUCACGUAUCUCAUGCUUCUGCUCUGUUGCCUUAGUUGGAUGCAUUAGUGCUGUCCACUGUCUGUAAUGAGGCUUUAGGACAUUCUGAAGGAGCCCAACCAGCAGUAAUUUCUGUAUACCCCUUUCAUGAGAAACUUGAAUAUGCUUGUAUGAAGUAGAGUGCACUUAACCAACUGCGCUUCUAUGGGGUUUAUUGACGUGUGUGUGGACAUGUGUCUUUGCAUGUGUGCUUGCUGUAGUCUGGUCAUGUGUGCAUCUCAAGCAAAGCACACAUAGGCACAGGUCCUGGUGCAUAGAUACCGUUGCCUCUUCCCACCACUGCACUCAAGGCUGGUGGCUCCCUUCCCAGGAACCAGUCACCUGCCCACUCUGUUGCUUUUUGCAGCGUUUCAGAGUUAGGAGAAACAAAGGCAGCUUGUUGGAUCCACAGCGAACCCACAGUGACAGGCUGCUCUCCUCCAGAAGAAGGUAGAACAGAUGUCCUCCACUGGCAAGUAGACAAGAGGGAACAGCAGUCUGGGGCACCCCCUCUUGCCCAGGUUUCCUGUGGAGGAGGGGCACUGGGGAAGGCAGGCAAGGCCCAUACAGACUUUGGCCUGAGCCCUUCUGUGGCUCAAAGUCCUCCAUUCUUUUCCUCUAUGCAACCCAGUGUAUGCGCACAAACACCCACCCACUUGUGAAUUUGACUCCCAGACUAAAGCUUCCUUAAUCCUGCCUGCAUCUGCAGGAAACCAUCAUCAUUCACAAACUGUGUCUCCUGAAACCAGUGUGGCCUUUGCCGAAGUCUUUCCAGGAGUGGGUUGUUUACCAUGUCUAGCAGACCAAUAGACUCUCAGAAGAAUCUUUUUUGGUAAUCUCUAAGAAUUGACGGCUCUUGCCCAUCUCAAACAUUAAAGUAGAAUGCGCUUUAGUGGACUAUUCUGAACCAACAGACCUGGCUCUCACAGCUGACUUUGAAGGGUGGCCUGGAAACAGUCGAAUUCAGUUUUCUCCACUCCCAUGCCUUUCUUUUAUUAGGUGACUUCUUAUUUUUUAUGACAUGUGGAUUAUUUCUGCUCACAGAAUUCAGAGGACAUUUUCUUUCCUCUUCUCUUUUGGUGACUCUUCCCCUCUCCCAUUAAGUAAGGCUAUUUACAGUUGCAAUCUUUUUUGUUGUUAUUAUUUUUUAAAAUGUAUAUUGUCUUUCUAUAUCCAAAAGAAGUCUGUGACUGUAACCAUAGGUGUUUCUUUUUACUGGAAAAAAAAUGAUUUUUUUUUUUUUUUUAAUUAACAGUACUAGUGACUUCGUGGAAGAAUAUGAGUUACUAUUUAGGUAUGCUUACUUAAGUACAGUACACUACAUUGCAGUAUUUCUGAAAGCUAGAACA